UGAACAAAUAUUAUCAUCCUUUUCAACAGAAUUAUCAGUUGCCUUUUCGUCGUUUGAACCAACAGUUCAGUUAUUAUCGACUGAAUCAGUUAAGCUAAAUUCAAUGGCAUUUGAGCAACCACUAUCAUCACUUUCUUUAAAAUCAACAGUUGUCUUUUCACAUACUGAAACAACUGUUUUGUCCUCGGCGGUAUUAACAACAACACCCCCAGUUGAUGGUUCACAACCAGAUGAUAAAAAUGAUCCAGAUUUGAUUUUUCUAUAUGCUGCUAUUCCUAUAGUGUGUGCAAUAUUAAUUCUCUUGGUUGCCACAGUGUUAUUUAGAAGUGCAAAAAUGAGGACAAGGUACACACGAUUUGAGGGAAAAUCAUUGUCACAUGAUGGCCAUUCUACUGGCACAAGAGCUACUUUUGUUACAGAUAAAGAACCAAAUGUUUUUCAUAUGGUUACAGCCUAUCCGGCAAAUAUAAAUUUUACCGGCGACCCAUUCCACAGUUACAUGCCAUCUGACGAUUAUUGGUCUCGAAAGGUGACAAGUACCUGAUUCGGCCAUUGAGAGCGAAUGGAACAAGCCGCAUUUACUAAUCGUUCACGUAUUCGAUUCGAUUUGAAAGUAUGUCGAAAAAAGUAUUCUGACUUAUAAAUGAAGAUCAUCAGCUAAGCCACACUGUCUCAGGUGUGUGAAGAACAAUGAAUACAUGGCAUGGUGCCUAACGCUUGUGAUUGCAGACUAUAUAUUAUAAUAGACAAUGUAUCAAAGUCUCAACGUACUUUAAUAUUUAUAGCAUAAUUGUACUCCAAAACAUAUGUUUU